GCUAGGUGUCAGGAAGAUUGAAAUCCGCAAACAAACAUCAGUCAGUCAGUGUUCGGUUCAACACCCUUCAUACUGGAUACAAGACACGACAUUUAUUAAAUCUAGGAGGAGGGCUGUGUCUGGUAGGCGUGGCACGGGGAGUGGCUGACCUUCAUGCUGAGAGGUCACGGAGGAGAAGACCCAUGGAUGAGGGUCAGUGUGAGAGGGAGGGGCCAGUGUUGUCUGAGGGUCAGGAGGGUGGGGUCGACCUCCACUGCAACCAAUCAGACCCCUCGGAACCAAAUCAGGUCUCUGCCGACCAAAACCAGAACCGGACGCAGACUCAACUAGAUGAUGGUCAGAGUGUUGGACGAGACUUCAUCCAACAAAACUCUUUAAACAACAAUGUGGAGGAAGAGGAGGAGGAGGAAGAUAGAAAGGUGAAGGGAGAGGAAGAUGGUGAUGAGGAUGAUGUGAUUGUGGAAGAAGAGGAGGAGGACAGCAGUGUGACUCGCGGCCAAUCACCCGACACUCCUAUGACUGACUGCUCCUUCUCAGACACAGGCAGUCCGGUAGAGUUCCGGCCCUCUGUGUCUCCAGAGACUACAGAUCCCAUCAGCCCCAAAGCAAGAAGUCCAGACGAACCCUGCUACAGUGACUCUGUGGGCAAGACACACACCUCCACCACAGGACCCAACUGCACCACAGAACCCACCACCUCCAGCACAGGACCUACCACCUCCACCACAAGCCCCACCUGCACCACAGGACCUACCACCUCCACCACAGGCCCCACCUGCACCACAGGACCCACCACUUCCACCACAGGACCUACCACCUCCACCAUAAGCCCCACCUGCACCACAGGACCUACCACCUCCACCAUAAGCCCCACCUGCACCACAGGACCUACCACCACCACAGGCCCCACCUGCACCACAGGACCCACCACUCCCACCACUUCCACCACAGGACCUACCACCUCCACCGCAGAGCCUAUCCCUAGCCCUGCCCUCCUGGCCACCUUACAGGAGCUAGGGGAACGUGGCGAUCACUCCCACCUGCCUCAGUACCUCCAUCAGGUAGCCGAGGCCUUUGUCCUCCAGGAAGAUUAUGAGCGAGCGGUGUGGUGUGUUCAGCUAGAGAGACUCUACCACCAGAGACUACUACACAACCUGACAACACUGCAGGAACAGUGGGAGAGGCGGCUUAGGUCAGACGGUCGGGGUUUGAGGAACAGUAACACUGACCUGACUGCACAGCAACUGGACAUACUCACACACAUCUGCAAAACACACCAACGACCCAGUCCUGGAGAAGAGAAGUGUGAGGCUGUGGACUCGGUGCUGAAGAGCCCUGUUCGUGGUGAGGAUAGACUGCCUACAUGCAGCUCAGGUCGGUUAUUUGAGUGUUUGUUGGGGAUGGAGGAGGACCAGAGAGGAACGGACUCCACCCUCUCCCAGAGCAUCCACCCAAUCAAAUCAGCCGGAGCCCUGAAGGACAGCCUCUGCUCGAAUGACUGUGCAGCUCUGGGCGUGGCACAGGACUGCAGAGACUCCAAGGGGAUUGGGAGGGCUGAGUUCACAGGCUCUUGUAGCGAAGGAACGGGUCAGCAGACGGAGAGAGAGAUGGAACACACCACUCAGGAGGGUUCCACUAGGUCGGACCGCCCUAACAAUGGGGAAAUGAGCCGACCCAAGCCUGAUGAGCAGCAGGGAGGAGAGGAAGAACAGGAGGAGGUGGAAGAGGUAGAGGAGGCCUUGGCAUUAGAUGAAGAGGAGGAGAAGGAGGAGAAGAAAGAGGAGAAGAGAGAUGGUGUUGAUUGUUUAAAAGCUCCUCUAGAGGAGAUCUCAGCCUUAGCAGUGAAGGAGCAGCUCACACUGGAGGAGGCCCAGCUGCGCGAGGAGGCCCAGCUGCGCGAGGAGGCCCAGCUGCGCGAGGAGGCCCAGCUGCGCGAGGAGGCCCAGCUGCUCGAGGAGGCCCAGCUGCUCGAGGAGUAUGAUAUGUUUGGAGUGGACAUGGUGGAGACUGUCAGAGACCAAGUGGCUUCUCUGGACGACCUGGCGAAACGCAUCACAGUGGAGGAGAUGACCCCUGUCCCUGACCUGGUGUCCAUCCUGAAGAGGAGGAGUGUGUGUGUGGCUCCCUUCUCGGCCCCACCCAAACACAAACACCCUGCUAAGCGCAGGGUCCGCUUCAAAGUACCUGACGACGGCUUUGACCACGACGAGGUGGGCGGAGACUCCUGCCUGCUCCUCUUCCUGCUUUGCCUGGUCACCGUAGUGAUCAGCCUGGGAGGCACCGCCCUCUACUGUGCCCUGGGCGACGCCCAGUCCACUGUCUGCACCGACUUCUCCCGUAACGCUGACUUCUACCUCGCACAGCUGCAUCGUGGGAUGGAUCAGCUCCAAAGCUGGCUAACCUCCGGGUCUUAGCUGACCCCCAAGAGGAGAUGAGAAGAGAGGGGAAGGAGGAGAGAAAUAGGGGGAGGGAAGGAAAGGAGAGGGGGAGAAGAAGGGGACAGAGGAGGAAAACUCCCUCGUUUUGCAGAGUGGAUACUGUUUUCCUCUCUGUCUCUGGCACUCUUUCUGUCUUUACUGGCUGGCCAGUUAAAGUGUGUGUAUGUGUGGCGGGAGAGAGAGAGAGAGAGAGAUUGAUGGAACGAUGUGUGUUUGUGUGUGGUACUGGUAGGCUGCAUCCACACUAACAGUUCCCUAAGACAUCUGCAGUACUGCCUAGUAGAACUAGUAGGACUGACCUAGGACCUGUAGUAUACUGGACUACCCAUAGAGGUCAACUAUACACUACUGGACAUACACUACCAGUCAAAAGUUUGGACACACCUACUCAUUCAAGGAU